UUUGAUUUUCACAUAAACAAAACGACACUGCGUUCAGGGUUUGACUCUUCUCCGCAGCAAAAUUCAUAUGUUUCUCUUUUUCCCCCAUUUCAUGUAAUUGAAUUCCAAUUUCACAACCCCUCUCUCUUUCGCACUUCCUCCGCGAGCUUCUUCUACUUUGCUUUCGAUUCCGACUCCCUGAUUACGGAGGUAUAGAUGCUGGGAAAAAGUGUCUCCAAAGAGGACUUUCAGCCUCGAACAUGUUCGGGGAAGAAACCAUUGAAAACUUGUCAGGAAAAAGAGGAUAUUGUUUUCAUUGACUUAGAUAGUGAUCAAUUUGAUGAUGUGGAAAUCAUAGAUUGUCCUGAAGUUGUUAAGCAAAAGUUGCGUGGGUCAAGUGGGCCGAGUAGAGAUAGGAUAUCGACGCCUCAAAGUGUUAUCAGCAUUGAUGACGACGACGAUGAUGAUGAUGAUGACGACGACGAAGAUGAAAGUGAUGAUGAUGAUGUGUUUCUUCCUGAUAUUGUUGUUGAUGGUGUUGGAGAGUUGGAUAGUGAUGCGUCUUCGAAUAAAAGGUUUUAUACGGCGUCGAGUUCUGUGCAACAUUCCAUAGUUGUGGAUGUUGAUGAUUGUGAUGUCGUUGAAAAAGAUUCUGUUUCAGAAAGGCAAGAAAGUAAUAAAGCUUCUGUGUCAAACGGGAAAAAGCGCAAGGAAGUAUUCACUCCAAAGGCUGAUGAAAGAAAUUGUUAUGGUUUAUGUGAGGAGGAAAGUGAUAGUGAUUAUUCUGAUUGUGAGGUCAUUAGACAUUCUGUUUCAAAAAGGCAAGAAAGUAAUAAAGCUUCUGUGUCUAACGAGAAAAAGCGCAAGGAAGUAGUCACUCCAAAGGCUGUAGAAAGAAAUUGUUAUGGUUUAUUUGAGGAUGAAAGUGAGAGUGAUUGUUCUGAUAUUGAGGUCAUUAAACGUGAACAGUGGGAAAAGGUUUCGGCGAAGAGAAAGUUCCGUGUAUAUAUUAAGCAUGCCAGUUCUUCUGGCUUAGAGAAAAAUAAUUAUUAUAAUAAUAUAGAUAUAGAAGUGGAAAAUAGGUCUAAAAAGCAUGGGAAAGACCCUUUGUAUGGUCCUAGCAGUUGUAAAAAUGUUAAAGAGAAUCAAUCUUCCUUCACUGGUAAGGAUGAUAUUCAGCACGGAGAAAAAACAACUAGAGAAAAAGUUUAUCCCUGCCCCAAGUCGAAAAACUGCAAUUUCUGUAAUGGUGUUACUGGUCCUUCAGGGUUAGACAAUGGACGGGGUGAUGAAGAGUCUGAAUUUAAGGAUGCUACUCGACAUGGAGAAAGGACAACUACAGAAAAAGUUUCUGCCUGCCCCAACUCUGAAAACUCUAAUUUCUGUAAUGGUGUUACUGGUCCUUCAGGGUUAGACAAUGGACGGGGUGAUGAAGAGUCUGAAUUUAAGGAUGCUACUCGACAUGGAGAAAGGACAACUACAGAAAAAGUUUCUGCCUGCCCCAACUCUGAAAACUCUAAUUUCUGUAAUGGUGUUACUGGUCCUUCUGGAUUAGACAAUGAACAGGGUGAUGAAGAGUCUAAAUUUAAGGAUGCUACUCCACAUGGAGAAAGGACAACUACAGAAAAAGUUUCUGCCUGCCCCAACUCUGAAAACUCUGAUUUAUGUAAUGGUGUUACAGGUUCUUCAGGGUUCGAGAAAGAACUAGGUGAUAAAGAGAAGUUUAUGAGCUCCAACCAAGAUGCAAAUGACAUGCAAGUUGUCGAUGAUGAAUCUCCAUUGAAUGCACAUGACAUGCAAGUUGACAAUGAUGAAUCUCCAUUGAGGAGUAAAAAUGACAAUGUUUCUGAAGGGAAUUCUAACGGCGCCUCUUUUGAAAAAGGGCAUUUUAAUGGUCCUGAGUUUGAGUUACGUACUCAAGAUGCUGAUCUUACUGCUUCAAAUGAGAAGAAUAUAAUUAAUCAAAAAGAAAAGCUUAAGGAAACCGAUUUAUAUAAACAAGCCAUGGAAGAGGAAUGGGCAUCCAGACAGCGACAAUUGCAAAUUCAGUCAGAAGAAGCACAAAAAUUGCGCAAAAGAAAAAAGGCUGAAAGUCGCCGAUUGCAGGACAUUGAAAGAAGACAAAAAGAACGCGUUGAACAAGUGAGAGAGACAGAUAAGAAGGAGGAAGAAUAUAUGAACAUGAAAGAGCAACUGCGGGGUGAAGUACUGAAGAAGCUCAAUCAAUUGGAGAAUGCAUGCUCAGAUAUGACCUCACUGCUUCGUGGCUUAGGAAUAAAUGUGGGGACAAGUCUUAGACCUUUACCCAAUGAGGUGCAUGCUGCCUAUAAACGGGCUAUGUUUAAGUUCCAUCCAGACCGAGCAUCAAAAACUGACCUUCGCGAGCAUGUUGAGGCCGAGGAGAAGUGCAAGCUCAUCUCACGCAUGAAGGAGAAGUUUUGUAAUACAUCAUGGCACUAGAUAAAUUCCAUCAUCUGAAUGGAUAUGAUUGAUGUUUUAAUUGAAGCGCUUAUGCUUAAUUUUAUUUUAGUAUUAUUUAUUAAUUCAUUUAGUCUUGCUCCUACCUUCCCCCAAAUUUAAUGGCAUGAAUAAUAGGUUAAAGAACAAGAACAUGUAAAGGUUAUAUAACUCAGGAAAUGCCAAAAUUUUGAAGAUGCUCUGUAAAAUUCACCCAUAUUGUGUAUUAGACAGUGUUGAUGACAUAUUGAAGAAGUCUUUUUUUUUUU